GAGCGCACUGAGGCACCUGCAGAUCCGCUGGUUUCAGACUGGACCUCCAGCCCGAGAGCGCGCGCGUGUGGAAAAAGAGAGAGAGUAUAAAAAAGGAACAGGGAGAGAAAAAGAGCACCUGGGCGGCGUGACGUCACUCCGCCCUACUUCGCCGAGAAGUCCUCGAGCGAUCUGCACUUCCUCAAACGGCUGAACCACAGAAGGAGAAACUGGGCGGAAAGAAGCAACAGAAACGCCGCUACUUUCCCCCUUUAAGAGAGGCUCUGUGUGAGUGGCUGUCAUGGCACCCUUCCUGAGAAUUGCGUUUAAUGCCUAUGAUCUUGGUGCACUUUCACCGAUGGCUGAGGCGCCUUUCUGUGCAGUCAAAAUGAAGGAGUCGCUCAGCACAGAUCGAGGGAAGACUUUGAUUCAGAAAAAGCCCACCAUGUUCCCUGCUUGGCGCUCCAGUUUUGAUGCACAUAUUUAUGAGGGGCGUGUCCUACAGGUGCUACUCAUGCGGACUGCUGAGGACCCAUUAGCAGAAGUGACAGUGGGCGUGUCUGUACUAGCAGAGCGAUGCAAAAAGGCCAACGGUCGUGCAGAAUUCUGGGUUGAUCUUCAACCUUCAGGAAAAGUGAUGAUGUCAGUACAGUAUUUCUUGGAAGAUAUGGACACAGAGUCUCGUCAGUCUGUAAUGGAGGAGGAAGCCCCGACUCUGACUCGGCGUCGUGGGGCCAUUAAACAGGCCAAAAUCCACUUCAUCAAAAACCAUGAGUUUAUCGCCACCUUCUUUAGACAGCCCACCUUCUGCUCUGUCUGCAGAGACUUUGUCUGGGGGCUCAACAAGCAGGGAUACAAGUGCAGACAAUGUAAUGCAGCCAUACAUAAGAAGUGCAUCGACAAAAUCAUCGGCAGAUGCACAGGCACGGCGGCUAACAGUCGUGACACAGUGUUUCAGAAGGAGCGCUUCAAAAUCGACAUGCCGCACCGCUUUAAGACCUAUAACUACAUGAGCCCCACGUUCUGUGACCACUGUGGGAGUCUGCUGUGGGGUCUUGUCAAACAGGGACUGAAGUGUGAGGAUUGUAGCAUGAAUGUUCAUCAUAAGUGCCAGACUAAAGUGGCCAACCUGUGUGGGAUCAACCAGAAACUUUUGGCAGAAGCGCUCACUCAAGUCAGCCAGAAGUCCACAAAGCGGUCUGACCCAAACACACAGGAUACUGGAGUUUACCAGGACUUUAACAAAAGCCCGGGACCUGAUGCCACUGAUGGGACUCCGUAUGGUCUUCUCUGGGAGGGCUCCAGUCCUCGUCCUCCGUCUCGGAUCACGCACCAGACACGCAUCACUGCUGAACACUUCACCUUCCAUAAGGUCCUGGGCAAAGGCAGCUUUGGCAAGGUGUUUUUGGCUGAGAUGAAAGAUAGUGGGGAGUGGUUUGCAGUGAAAGCUUUGAAGAAAGACGUGGUGUUGAUGGAUGAUGAUGUAGAGUGCACCAUGGUGGAGAAGCGUGUGCUGGCGCUUGCCUGGGAUAACCCGUUCCUUACACACCUUUACUCCACCUUCCAGACCAAGGAACACUUGUUCUUUGUGAUGGAGUAUCUGAAUGGAGGAGAUCUGAUGUUCCAUAUACAGGAAAAAGGACGCUUUGACCUCUACAGAGCUACAUUCUAUGGAGCAGAAAUUGUGUGUGGACUACAGUUCCUCCAUGGGAAAGGCAUUAUCUACAGGGAUCUGAAGUUGGAUAAUGUAAUGUUGGAUAGAGAUGGUCAUAUAAAGAUAGCUGAUUUUGGCAUGUGUAAGGAGAAUGUGUUUGGAGACAAUCUGGCCACAACCUUCUGUGGAACGCCAGACUAUAUUGCCCCCGAGAUCUUACUGGGUCAGCAGUAUUCGUUCUCAGUGGACUGGUGGUCCUUUGGUGUGCUUGUUUAUGAGAUGCUGAUUGGUCAGUCGCCAUUUCAUGGUGAUGACGAAGAUGAGCUGUUUGAGUCAAUCCGCAUGGACACACCUCACUAUCCCCGCUGGAUCACUGUGGAUACCAGAGACAUGCUAGAGAGGUUAUUUGAACGAGAUCCAUCUCGGCGUUUGGGUGUUGUGGGUAACAUUCGAGCUCAGCCAUUCUUCAAGACUGUGAACUGGUCUGCUUUGGAGAGGAGAGAAAUUGAACCCCCCUUCAAACCAAAAGUGAAAGCUCCAAAUGACUGUAGUAACUUUGACCGAGAGUUUUUAAGUGAGAAGCCUCGUCUCUCUCACUGUGAGAAAGGAUUGAUUGAUUCAAUGGACCAGAGCGCCUUCGCUGGCUUCUCAUUCAUCAACCCGAGAAUGGAGCACCUCCUGCAGAAGUGACAGACAAAUGCCUUCAGCGCUUAGCAUGAGAGGAAAGGAUUCAGUAUGAUUUUAAGAUCAAAGUAUGCAGCCAGUACUUUUCUGUGUCACAAACAGGGUCCACUAGCUCUCUCCCUUCUCAAAAUAAAACUAGUUUUUGGGGCAUGGAUAUUUAGACCCAGAGCGAUGGUGUUUCACAUUUGCUGGACGAAUUUCAUUCAGUACCUUGCAAAGGCCUUGACAUUCGAUUCUUUCAGUGACUGAGUUGGUAUGGAGUUAAACUGGCCCUGUGGAUUAUGUAUUUCAUUUUUAUGGAGAACCAAUCACAACACAAUGAUUGGCACACCCUUGUAAAGUUCAUGUAGAUAUGACUUAGUUUCAUUCAGUGAGUUAAUCCUUUAACAGUAGCACAUUCAUUACUGAAAUUCAGCAUCAUUAGAGAACUAAUCAGUCAUUGAUUGUGUCCACAAACACCACUGAUAACGCCUUAGAGGUUGUUGAAAUACUUAAUGGAGAGCAAAGGAGAUUAUGUACAAAUACCAUUUAGGUCAGUGUGUGCAUGCUGCACUUUCUGGUUUUAUGUUGUACAACUUUGUGUUGUGACUUUGUAAUGGUAUUUUCGGCUUUAUGCAUAUGUGCAUAUGAUGUGUGUCAGAGUGCAAUUUUUGUGUAUGUGUGUAAGUUUUAGAGAAGAAAUAAAAAACAUGCAUUUUAAAAUGUAUAUUAAUCAAGCAUGUUUUGCACAUGUGAUUAACCCUAACAUAAGUACUAUGUAUAAUAUCUAAUCCUUAUGUGAGUCUUACACUGUAUAUGUGUAUGGUGUAUAGUGAGAAGAUGUAUAUAUUUGGUAUAGGCUCUCUUGGCUUUGUCUGUGCUAUCUACAUGUGCAGUGUUGAUGCGUUUAAGCUAUUUUUAUUACUGGCCAAUUAAAUGUGAGCAUAUGAUCAAACAUA